AUUUAAGUGAUUAUCUAUUUUGCUCUUCCUUUCUCUUGCAUCAUUUGGGCUACUUCAAAGCGCGUGCUUGAGGAAAGGUUAGGAGGAGAUGUUUUUCAUCCACGCUUUCUGCCAGAGCCUUUCUUAUGGAUGAAAAAAUUGGAAACUACUGAGAUUAGUCAUCUGUGUUCUGCAAUCCCUGUUUGCUUCUCCCUUCCUCAUUAUCACAAAGAGCAAAGUUAGCUGUAAUCUGAGAGCAUUUUCCCAACUUAGUUUAUAUUCACGUUAAAGGACAGCCACAUUUGGGGAAAGCUGACAGCACUCACUUCUAUUAUUUGUAUUAAUCUUGAAGGAUUUGGGCAAGUUCUUAAGGAUAAAUCCAUUUUCCCCCUUUCAGGAAGGGUUGCCCUGAAUUAGCCACCACGUCCCAGAAAUAGCCCGUUGUAACUGCUUCCCAGUGUUGCCAGAUGUUGGUUUAUACAGACCUGCUGGAGACUCUUCCUCCUAGGCAUGGCAGUUAGCACAACAAGUUUUUUGAGCCUACGUAAAACAUACCCAACAAUGGCUGAUUGAAGGGAGCUGUGGAAAUCGGGUCUGGUUAAGAAAUAAUUCCAGAAAGCAGAAAGACUUUGCGAGUGCAAAGGAAGAUUCACGUAAUUCUCAAUAUUACCAUUAUGUGGUAUUACUCUGAGCAGUAAUGUUAUAAAUGUCUCAAAAGUAUAUCUGGGUCACCCGCAGUACCACAAUGAAGAGGAAAUCCCAGGACUGCCCGUCCAGAUUGCCAGACAACAGUGCCGUGAAGCAGCAGCAGUUGCCCGCCUACCGGCUACAGCUCUCAGCCAACAAAAUCCUCUCCGGCUUUUUUGCCACAGGCGUGUUCUGCCUUGGAGUGGGCAUCAUCCUUCUGUUGUCUGCAAAGACCAUCAAGGAAGUAGAGAUUAAUUACACAGAAAAAUGUGCAAAUUGUGCAAAACUGCGGGAAAAUGCCGCUAAUUUUGACAAAGAAUGCAACUGCUCUAUUCCCUUUGUCCUUCCAGAGACAAUGAAGGGUAAUGUUUAUAUGUACUACAAAUUGUAUGGCUUCUAUCAGAACCUCUAUCGAUAUAUUCUAUCCAGAAGUAAUAGCCAACUGGUGGGUACAGAUGUAAAGGAUGUUAGAAACUGUGCUCCAUUCAAAACCUCCCACAAUGGGAUCCCCAUCGCUCCUUGUGGUGCUAUUGCCAAUAGCAUGUUCAAUGACACCAUUAUUCUUUCUUACAACCUUAAUUCAUCUAUCCAUGUCAAAGUACCAAUGAUAAGGAGUGGAAUUACAUGGUGGACAGACAAGUAUGUCAAGUUUCAGAAUCCAAGUUUCCAAAAUCUUUCUAGUGCAUUUGCAGGAACCACAAAACCUCCGAACUGGCCUAAGCCUGCCUAUGAACUAGAUGAAGAGGAUCCAGGAAACAAUGGCUUCAUCAAUGACGACUUCAUUGUGUGGAUGAGGACAGCCGCAUUUCCCACUUUCAAAAAACUGUACCGCCGACUCCAUCGAAUAGAGCAUUUUACUGAAGGCUUGCCUGCUGGUAGUUAUAGUUUCAACAUAACCUACAGUCAAGUUCUGAAGCCAGGUUGAUCCAGACUGCAUUCUUGGAAUGAACCUAGACCAGAAGGAACCUCUUGGAAACAUCAGGACCAACCAGCUGUGGGGAGCAAGACUUUGAACAAAAGCCAUGUCUGGGUCACCCUGUUCAGGGGCGGCUCAUCUCAGGUAAGAAUCCCAUUUGCUUGAAGUUCAGUGCUGGGACAGUGGGUCUCUCUCCUAGAAGUUACUCGUAUAGUGGCAUGUGACUGGGAAAACUUGGUACUUGCUAAGGUAAUACCACAUGCUCUUAUGUCACACAAGCCUGUGUGUCUGGACAAGAUUACAAAUGUAGCUAAGCCAUAGGAAAUAGCUUUCUCUGUAAUAUUUUAAUAUUUGAGGUGAUAAAAAGGAGAGGAAUAUGAAAUCAAAAGUACAUUGUAAAAGUAGCUGGUAAAACAUAACAGACAUCCAUAGAUUCAAAAACUCUUCUUGGUGAAAGGAGGCCCAAUCAGUCUUCCUAAAACUGCAUUAUUUCCCAAGUUGCAUUUAUCAUGUCCUUGGGUCUUUUAAGGGACAGAAGGAGGCUGGCAGCCAACAUGUUCCAACCGUUCCCCACUGGAGUUACAUGAGUGCCACCUAGUGUCACUUGCUACUGCUGAAGGGGGUUUGGAUAGACCAUAUAGUUCAAUUACCUCAUCUGAAGGAACCGAGGCCCUGAGAGCAGAGGUGACUUAAGCAGGCCACAUCUGUGGUGAUUAGUGGCUAAGCCAAGACUAGGAAUCAGAUGUCCUGCUUCAGACAGGACACCUGGUGAUAACCUCUGGUGUUUGGGAGUCAGGAGUCCUGGGAGAUGAACUGUGCUGAAGAAUAAGGCAUAAAACUUCCAGGGCCUCAGGUGCCCCAUGCAUUAAACUCCUAAAAUAAUACUUGCUUGUUCUGAAAGUCUUUGAGACACAUGAGUAACAGAGAACAGAAUCUGAAAGCUAAUACGGGUCCCCACAGGCAUUUAAUCUGCUCUUCUCCUCCAUGAACGCCUGCCACUAAUCCAGCUGUACAAGUGAUCCAACUAUUUCCUACAAGCAAGUGCUCUGGUCCAAAGUCAUCAGCCUUAAUUCAGGGUGGUGCUUCAGCUGUCACCUUUUAUGCUUUCGGCCUUCAGCCUCUACCUUUGUGAACAAAGCAAGUCUGACCCCAUCUAAGAGACUGAUGCCAUUGGAAUCACCCAGGCUUUGAUUUCCAUAAGUCAGGUGUUCUCCAGUUCUCCAAGUAGAGUUUCUGUUUCAGGAUUAAUCUCAGCCAGUGGUACUUAAUGCUGCCCGCACAUUAGCAUCACCCAAGGAACUUUCAGAACACCCCUGUGCUUGGGUCUGACCCUAGACCAGCAGAGUCAGAAUCCCUGAGGGUGAAUUCCCACCUUUUUUUAAAAGCUCCUCAGGUUAUUCCAAUGCUCACGAGACUGAAAAUCACAGUGACGGACUGAGCUUGCCCUGAAUAAGAGAGUAGAAGAGGAAAAAGUAGGAAAGGUGGGCGGUAGAUAAGGUUAUUCCACCCAGGGUCUCGAACAGAACUUAGCGCUCAGUAAACGAGGGCAGAAAGGAAUUUGUCCAAAGGGAAGUUGUACAAUGAUACUGCAGGAAUUCACAGUCUAUUAAUGAUUUCAGGCUUCUCUUACCGCCCUGCAUAGGAAAUAUCUAAGAAGAACCACAGGUAAACUUAAAAGUAGGAAAAGCAGGUAGACUAGACAAUAUAGAUCAAGAAGAAAGGUUUCAAAACAUGAAUACCAUUAAAGCAUUAGUCACUCUCUGCCAUCCUUCUCCCUUCCCGUUUUAAAUUUCUUGUUUUCCCAUUCAAGUCACGUGUAGCGUGUUUAGAAACACAUGUACCAAAGGGGCCUGCGGUAUUCUGAGAGGCUGCCCUCUCACUUCUCUGAGGAAGUGACAACUGAGCUGAGAUGUGAAGUAAGGGCAAGGUGUGUACAUGUCGGAGGCUGUGUGUUUGGGGUGGGGAUUUUUUCAGGCAGAGACAGCAUGCGCAGAGGCCAUGUGUUGAAAGGCUUAUUCAAGGAACAGAGAGGAGGCCGGUGUAAGGGGGAGAGGAAGGUGCUAUGAAAGGGGACUAGAAUGUUCAGGAGGUGCCAAACCAGGCAGGGCCCGUCCGCUCGUUUUCAUAUAUCAAUACAUACACACCAUGUACCACUUUCACAUACUCAGUCCACCGCACAUUUUCCUGCCUUGCUUUGACCUACUUCUAUCUCACCUUUAGUACCAGUGACUGAAUGACCUCCUUAAGAAAGUCUGAAAGUGUUUUUUUAAUAAAAUUCCAAACUUUUAUUCUUAUUGCAAAUAAUACAUGCUCAGUGGAAAAAACGUCUAACAAUUUAUAGCUGUAGAAGGUCAAUGUCCCCUUAAGUCGUGCCCAACCUAAACUAUCACAGUUAACAGUUCCACAUAUUCUUUUAGACCUUUCUGUGUGCAUGUCCAAAUAUAUAUCUCACUUUUUUUGAAAAGUGGAAUUAUAUUAGACACACCAUUUUGCAACUUGCUUUUCUCCCCACCCUUCUGUUUUAUUUAAAAAUAAAUAAAAUGGUUAACACAAUUCCUGGGGGAUGGAGAAGUGACUUGCUGUUGGACCCAGCUUUUCAAGCCUAGGUAGAACCAGAACAUGCACCAACUGAACUCUUCUGUUAGUGGUCAUGGGGUGGGAGGAGAACUUUAAGAGUUUUUUUUUUUUUUUUAAAUAUUGGGAGU